UUUAGCAAUUCGUCCGGACGAGUCGUGAAACGGCAACGUAGCUAACCGGGUUGUCACGAAUGUGCACGGUCAAUUGAUAGCAGAACUAUAUCCACGAAAAAUAAUAAGUUUUGUAAUUAAUUUAAUUUAGCCAUAUGGAGUCGCUGGACCUUAAUGCAAAGGCUGGCUAAAAUAUCCAAGUAGAGCAAGCUAACAAGCUAGCAGAGGUAAUGGUACUUUGGGUGAACUGAUGUUAAAUACUCCCGCAGCUGGACCAGGCUGGUAUGAAUGGAUCAGCCAAGGAGCUAACGAUGCCUAGGGAGUUGUCGCUUGAAUUUGUGUCAAGUCUUUCCGUAUACAGACUUAAAUGAGAAUAAAUGAGGAGGCAUGGAAAGUGACAGGGACGUGAUUACAGGCUCGGGGUCUCAGGGUUAUUUACUGAAUACCCGUAGCGUAGGAUUAGCUUGUCUUCUCCACGGAAUGACGACAUUUGCUGCGCUCUGCUGCCUCAGAAUAAACGGGGCUCAGUGAUGCUGCCGGUCACUGGCCAAAUGCCCCGGUUGUCCAUGUUGGGACGGAGAAGCCAGACUCGGUGAUACAUGAUGAAAAACUGCGAGUAUCAGCAAAUCGACCCGCAGGCACUACCGACGCCCACCCCGACCCCUCCGCCCCACCAUGGCACCGACUCCGAGAAGAAAAAGGAGCCGAAGACACCCAGGAGAAAGUGGGAAGUUUUCCCCGGAAAGAAUCGCUUCUACUGCGGUGGACGGAUCAUCCUGGCCCGGCAGAGCGGGGUCCUGCCCCUCACCCUGGGCCUUAUCCUUGUCACAAGUGGUCUGUUCUUUAUAUUUGACUGCCCCUUCCUGGUCAAACACCUGACCAGCUGCAUACCUGUUAUUGGAGGACUCCUGUUUGUGUUUGUGGUCAUCACCCUGCUCCAGACCAGCUUCACCGACCCCGGCAUCCUGCCCAGGGCGACGCCAGAUGAGGCCGCAGACGUCGAGAAACAGAUUGACAACACUGGCAACACCAGCUAUCGGCCUCCACCGCGCACCAAGGAAAUCCUCAUCAACCAGCAGGUGGUGAAGCUCAAGUACUGCUUCACCUGCAAGAUGUUCCGGCCUCCGCGCACCUCCCACUGCAGCCUGUGUGACAACUGUGUGGAGAGGUUCGACCAUCACUGCCCCUGGGUGGGGAACUGCGUAGGGAAACGCAACUAUCGUUUCUUCUACACCUUCAUCGUGUCGCUCUCCUUCCUGACGGCGUUCAUCUUCGGCUGCGUGACCACACAUCUAGCACUGAGGGCUCAAGGUGGGAAAGGUCUGGUGUUCGCCCUUCAAGAAAGUCCAGGCAGUGCUGUGGAGCUGGUGAUCUGCUUCUUCUCAGUCUGGUCCAUCUUGGGCCUCUCAGGCUUCCAUACGUACCUGGUGGCCUCCAAUCUGACCACCAACGAAGAUAUUAAAGGCUCCUGGUCAGGAAAGAGUGGAGAAGAUGUCACCAACCCAUACAGCCAUAGAAACAUCUUUGUUAACUGUUGUUCUGUGCUCUGUUCACCCAUGCCACCCAGCUUAAUUGACAGACGAGGUUUCCUGCCGACAGACGAGUCCGCCCAGACUGGCGGCCCCGACAUCGAGCUUCCCACCCUGGCUGCCAAAAGCGAGAUAAACGUGUGCACACAGGGAACUAAAGGCCUGCUGGAAUCGGCCACGCUCUCUCCGCUCCUGUCCACUUCGUGCCCUCAGGGGAAACCUCAGACAGCUCAUCCCUGCGCGGACAACAGCCCCGCGGUGAACCCUGACCCCUCUCCGGAGCCCUCGGCGGGUUGCGGGCCCCACCGCGCGUCCAGCCCCCACCGCGACACCUCUCCGCCGCGUCAUGCCAAGGCUCGCUCAAAGAAAUGCAAGAGAGCGGCCCUGCAUAUUCCCAACCCCGCCUUUGACGCCCCCGUCCCUCCCACGUCUCCGGACGCUAAAACCAAGGGCCAAAAAGCUGCCGGCUUCUCCCCGCUGCACUGACUGACUUGAGUGAUGACUUUCUCAAGUGGAAACACGCACCCUUUGAAGCUUGCAUGCUGUAACAGCUGUAACAGUCAGAUCCAAGUGAUGCAAAGUUUUUCCUUAUUGCUGUUGGCUCUCAGAAACUCUCUGUUCUGGUCGUUGACAAUCACAAACAUAUGCUCUAGCGUGGCCAGCCUGCAGAGGAAGUAGGAACACAAGGGCAGACCAGGAGAUUAUUCCGGAUGCAACGUAGAAAGCACAGAAAAGUCUUUAGGGUGUAAGAAGUGCUGCGAGCCACGUGUCUUUUUGAUGAUUCCCCUUGUAAAGCGUUAAAUUUACCAGCAUGUCACAUUCACCAAAUUUUGUGAAACAGUGGCUUUUAUGUAACAGUUCGAGAGAGAGAGCUCAGAAUUGUAUUCAGCUGUAAAGAGAAAGGCUGCUCUUAAAGGGAAAAUCUAUCCCAGAUACAGAACUCGCAUCAACAUCACUCAGUUUAUAGUGUGAGCCUGAGCCAGGUUCUCCUCGAGAUGAACAACAGAUACAGGCCGAUAACGUCAUGUCGACGUGUACGGGCUGUGAAUAAUGGAACAAGUUGUGGAACUUUGAGAGAAUUUCCCGGGACACAUGAACUUUACGUCUUGAGCUCGGAGCUCCGAAACGGACUCACGUGGACGUACAGGAGGGAGACAGGCUAACAUUUAGUUAGACACGCGGGUCCUCCACAACGCCUUCAGUGUUUCUUAUCAGAGAGACUCUCAGCAGUGUUAUGCUGAUGUCUGACCUUGAUGUCUGGCAGGCCGAGAUUACUUUCUGACAGUUUUUUUUGUUGUUGUUUUUUUUUUUUAAUUUCACAUCAGUACAUCUGAGAGGGAAAAAAAACAAACGUGAUAUGGCCCCUUGAGCUGAGGAAGUUCUGCUUUUCAGGAAUCAAAAGAUUCAAGUGAUGCCAUUAUCACUGUGUCUGUGAAGGUUUCUAGUCAUCCAGGUCAUGGUACAUUCAGACAGAACAAGUUGAAACAAGGAGCUGGAUUGGUUGGGAAGACACUGCAUCACCCAUCCAAGUAGCUUCUUGGGUUCUAAUAAAUUGAUGGGGAGUUGGGGUUUGAAAUGGAACAUCUGUGGGUGGUACCCAUCAGAAACCCACAUGACUAGUGUCUCUUAAUGGGCCUGUGCAGACCUUGCAUUAAGAUCUGAUCUGGGUGAACGUAAAAGACAGGGGUCGGCAGCUCUAGGACGUAUUGAGAUCGCACUUGAGAGACCUCAGUUCACUGGCCCCAUUUGGAGGUGUUCUGGGCCGCAUGUGUCCAGAUCUUAAUGCAAGGUCUGAACAGGCCCAAUUACCAGAUUCUUCAGAUUCUUACCUUUCGUGGGGGGAAAUGAUUUUAAUCCUGUUUCCCUUGCCCAGUGAAUGCCACUCUCAACAACCCCUUCCUGUCUGAGUCUGUGAAGACAACAAUAUUCACAUUUUGGCCAAAGAAGACAGAUGCAUCUAAAUUGGGAAAACCCCAACAGGGACUCCAACUCCCCACCAGCCUUUUAGAACUGAAGAAGCCACUAGGAUGGGUGGCCAAACACCUUCAAGAAAGAAAAGUAAAAGCCCAGCUGCCCCAAAAUCGGCAUGUUUUCUGGAUAUUCAUAUCUUGACGUGAGAUGGCUGCCUUAGUUUGAAGCUGCUGAUCUCAAACGGUUGCACGGUGUGGAUUUUGUGUGGAUUGUCCCCUUUGACCUGGCUCAGUGGGUUAAAUGUGUAUCGGUUGUAUUGUGUUUACUGAUCAGAACAAUGUGCUAUAACAGUGGUAGCGAAUGCAACUGCAUGGUAACGACUAAAGAUGUAUUUUACACUAUAGUAGUUUUUUUAAAACAACAUUUUAUUCAAACGUCACAUUAUACAAAGUCCAAAACCAGCUUUUUGUUGUGUUAGAGCUAAAGCACCGUUAGUGAUUUUUGCUCGCUGUAAGUCAGUGAUUUCAAUCUCCCUUUCACAUGUCCACGACCUGCUCACGUUUUCUGAGCAACAGCAAUACCCUUUCUCCCCAUCGUUUUCCUACAAUUGUUUAUUUGAUUAAUUUUUUUGUAGGCUCUGACAAAUCUAAGAUGUGUCUGGAGGGCAGACGUGUUGGUUCGUUCUCAGGUGGAAAUCUGUACUGUAGGUUAGGUAUUCAAUAUGCAAGUUUUACGUGACAUAUCGUGUUCGUCCACAUAUGUGACCCGAUGGCAAUAGCUGCACACAAAAAAAUAAUUAAAAAUGCACUGAUCCCAACAAACACUAAAUCACAGGCACACGCGCAUGCCGUCAAUCUGUAGUUCACCCAAAGAGUUUGCUGCGCCUGCUGUGUGUAAAUCGGUGAGAUUGAACAGAAGCGGCGCGUUUUUGGGGAGGGACGUGUGUUUGUGUGAUCUGUAACGUUAUCUAAGCCCAUGCUUCUGCCAAAAUGACAAGCAAGGAAAAUAAAGCUCAGUGAAGUAAA